UACAAAAACGUGGUACCUUAUCAGCGACAAUUAUUUUAUUUUUUAAACUUUUUUCAAUUAAAAAAAAAAGGCGUUUUACGCCGCAAAGGAAUGUUGAUAUUUCGGAAGAAUCAUCUCGAUCGAUUCUCCUCGUUUACGAAAUUGCAGAAAUGGAGUUGCUGCCUUCUUCCAAAUUCUCGAUUUGGCCAACGCUAACUAAAUUUCCCGCGAAAUAUUCCGUUGCCCCAAAUCAGUCGCAAAAAUUGGGGAUUAAUUUUAGGUGUUUGCCGUUGAUUAUAAGCUCCAAGAAAUCUAGCUAUCAAGAUUUUCAGGAAUAUGCAAAACCUUCGAGGCUCUUACCAGCUGGGGGUGUGAGAGAUGCUUCAUCAAUUGAGAAUUUCUCAUCUACCAAAUCCAAAUCAUUGUACAGGGUGAGGCUACAAACUAGUAAUGCUUACGGAUCAGGUCUGAGCGAUGUCAACUCGGGCAUUCUGCUAUGUUUAAUUGAUGAGAAUGGAUCCUCGAUCCUGCAACGGUUACCUGCUAUUUCUGUUGAUGAUGAUACUGAUACAUGGCGUUUUCGAAGAGGCUCCAUUGAUGAAUUUGCUUUUGAGGGACCUCAUCUUGGCAGAAUUGUUUCUGUAUGGAUCAGUUUGGAAUCAGGCGAAUGGAGAUUAAGUGGCAUGAAUUUGAGAGUUAUUUCUCGAGUGGGAGAAAUGAAGCAGCAAUUGUACGGCUUCGAGUUGGAGGAUAUCUUGCUUGGGGAAAAAGGGGAGGUCAUGAUGGAGUUGAAACCUCACUCAGUAACUGCAUUUUCCGAUGAUGAAUCCACCUUGUUCGAUAACGAUGAAGAGCCCGCCUCGCCUGCAUCAAAUGAAGAGGGCAUGAGAGAAUAUACAUAUCUCAAGCUCUCGUUAUUAUUCUACGACGCUGUGCUCAUCCUAGCUGGCUCUGCAGUUGCUUCGAUCACAGUGGGGGAGAACGCUUGGCAUGCUUUCUUGAUCGGUGGAUCGUUGGGGUUCGCUUAUUUGUUGCUUGUGCAGAGAUCAGUGGAUGAGCUUCCGGCACCGGAUCUCAUUGGGAGUGAGAAUGGAGUAAGUGGUUUCGGAAGCUUAAAGGGCUCUGUUUCGAUUCUAGUAUUGGUGUUUGCUGUUGUUGUUAUAAUGGUGAAGUAUGUUUCUGGGGAUUAUGGUGUUAGGUUGGGGUCAAUGGACAUUGUUUUUGGAAUGAUGGGAUUUCUUAUGUGUAAAGUGGCUCUAGUGUUGGCGGCGUUCAAACCAAUGACGUUUAGUUUGAGAGAGAACGAAUAGGUGUCUUGUGUAAAGUGAUAAAGGUAGAAUAGUUAUAUGUACACUAUCCAACGUUACCAACUAUUUACUUGUAUUACCAUGAAUUCUGCAAAUAUCAUAGCUAAACAAAUCAAAUCUAUUACAGGAUCA